AUGCCGACGGUGCGGAAAGAUGCCAAGAGGAUGGCCCUUCUCGAGGAGUUUUACAAAGAAAAGAUAUCUUUCAAGGCCCUGCGCGAAGAAAGGUUUCUAGCUAUGGCCGACAAGGCACCCUUCGACUUUUCCUGGGUGGAUGCUCCAAAGAAGGGAAAGCUGGAAGCCGUCGAAGAGCCGCAUGGGGAGGCGAAUUUCGAAUUCCUUUUGGGCUUCUUGGCUUCCUUCGCAAAAUCGCUGCCUACGUACAAGGCCGUGCUGAUGAAGCUGAGCGGUGACUUUCCUUUGGUGAAGAAAGCUGAUGAGAAACCGAUGCGAGAGGCUUGGGCUGAAGAAGAGGCGAAGGUUCAAAGAUCCAUGGUGAGCUACGUUCUUCUGCGGACACGCAAGAGUGAGAAGACGAGGGCGAAUCUUCCGAACCUGGAGAUGUUGAAGGAGAUGGUAAGAUUAUUCUCUCUUCUCUACUUGGAGGCAAAGAAGAAAGAGGAAAAGGAUGAAGAAAAUGAUGAAGAGAACGAAGAAGACCAAGAAGAUGGGGAGGAGGAGGAUCUAGAAGCAGAUGAAGAAGAAGAAGACUCAGAGGUAGAGGGGGGAGAGAUGGUAAAGGAGGGUCACAACGAGGGUUCCAGGGAGGCAGAGAAGAACUCAACGGUAAAGGAGGAGGCGGAGGUUCCCAAUCCCAAGAAGGAUUCCACGGAGGCAGGGGAAAUCAAAGAUCCAGAGAAAGACUCGGUAAAGGAGGAGGUUCCCAAACCCAUGAAGGAUUCCGCGGUGCCAGGGGAAAUCAAAGAUCCAGAGAAAGACUCGGUAAAGGAGGAGGUUCCCAAACCCAUGAAGGAUUCCGCGGUGCCAGGGGAAAUCAAAGAUCCAAAGAAAGAGCCGGUAAAGGGGGAGGUUCCGAAGGACAAGAAGGAUACUAGGGCAGAAGGCUCCAUGGUAAAGGAAAAAGAUCCCAGGGACACCGAAAAAGCCAGGGCCACAGGCUCCAAAGAUCCGCAGCCAGAUGGCACGAAGGAAUCCCUCGAGUGCUUCAAGAAGGAAGCCGAACGCGAAGCCCGACCAGGCAUUUUGGAUGAAGACGACGAUGUUCAAAAAGCCAAUGGUGUGUUCAAGGCUGCUGCUUUCUUGGCAAGCUUGACCAUCGAAGCGGCAAGAACUGGUUUGGCUGGACCUGAUGCUGCGAAUAUCAUCAAGGCUCAGCAAGCGACCAGAGCAAUGCUUCGACGUGCAAACAACAAUCAUGAGCCAGAAGGAUUGCACGAUGAUCCGGAUGAGAACCCGGGCUCUGCGGACGAGGGAGAACCUAAAAAGAAAGGAAAGGGCAAAGGCAAAGGAAAGCCUAAGGCCAAAGCCAAGGGAAAAGCAAAGGCAAAAUCGAAAGCAAAGGCCAAGGCGAAAGGCAAGGCAACAGCAAGCCCCGCAUCUACAGACCACGAGGAUGACUCCGAGGAGAAGGAAAAGCCGAAGAAGCGCGGCAGGAGCCGUGAGAAGAGAUGUGCCAAAGCCCGGGAGGAGAGCUCCGAAGAUCCUCCAAUGAAGCCGAAAGUUAAGAAAGCGGCGAAGGCCCGCCCCAGCAGCUCCAAGCCAGCCCGGAAGAGGGACGCCAGCCCCAGCCCCGAUCCUGACUCGAUUUUCGAUUCGGGUUCAGAGACGGCGCCAAAGAAAAAGAACAGGAAACUGAAGCCAUUGGAGAGAAGCAAAUCAGAAGAGGCGGCAAUGAAGUCUACAAGCGAAGACAAUGAGGAGGAAAAGGAGGAAGAGGAAACGGCAGAGGAAGAUGAAAUGGGUGCCAACGAGGAUCCUACAGUGCCUACGUUUUAUCCUGCUGGGCCACCGAGGGGCCAGGGGAAAGUGCUGUCCGAGGACACACGACGCCAAAAGGUGGAGCAGCUCAAGCUUCUGAACAGCAAUACGCAUCAGUUCGUUCUCCCGCCUCCGAGCAUUCUGAAGAAGGGCUCCUCCUUCACAUUGCUGCCGCCUAAAGAAGGCACUCACGAGAACCGCGGCGACUGUUCCAAGAUCCAGGUGAUUAUGGCUGGGCAGUUCUAUAUCAAAAACGCGGACGGGGAUAUAAUGGAGGAGGUGAAUGCUCUGUACGACACCAGCUAUAAGGUACAAGCACGCCCGCAUGUUGGCAGGAUGGAUUCCUCCGAGCUGAAGCUGAAAGCAGCUAGGAUUCACAUGUGCGAUUUUCUGGCACAACAGACUCCUCUUGAUUCCCCCAAUGCGCAAAGGGCCGGGCUCUGUCGCGAUGAUCAGAAGAGGAAAGGCUUUCUGAAUGCCGGUCGAUUGUGUCUUCGCUUGGUGGAAGCAGUGGCCACCGACGACUUGUUUGCCAAUGCCCACCUUGGCAAUUUGAGAGCGUUUCUGCGUGCUCGAGUGAAGGAUGGCUCCUUCCGGCCGAUGAAAGCUGAGAAAGGUCCUUUGCGUCUAGGUCACAGCCCAGACUCCAUCGAGACGCAAAUAGACCCGGAGCUUCUUAAGGAGGCAGAAGCAACAAAGAAAAAGAAAGCCACAAAGCCAGCAAGCAAUGCCGAAACCGAAGCGAAGAACAAUGAUGAGACAGCCGGCGGCUGCCCACAAGUUGCAGUUGCCAAGGGAAGCACCCCCACCGCCGUCCCAACCCCUGAAGCUGCGGAAGCAGGCUGGCCAGCCAGGUCAUGGCCGGAAUCUUAUGCUGUUGCUUCAGAUGGGCCGGACCGCCAAGUUUGGCAGUCCAGCUCGUGGUGGGGCUGGGGGUACAACCAGGGUUAUGAUGAUGGCUGGGCCAACCAAUGGCACGGCUCGUGGAGACGAAGGGGUUCUUCGUGGGAGUCAGCUCCGGACGAGGUGGCGGCAACUCCGCCUCCGCCGGCUCUUCACAGGUCUGACACCAGCCAAUCGGAGUUGGACUCAGGUGUAGUGGACGCACUUCAGCGGCUGAGGACUUUUGAUCGGUGUGAACUGGGUAAGAUUGCUCAGGAUCUCGAAGCAAAGUUUGCGCAGUUGGCAGCAACCCCGACCAAGGCGCAGUCGGUGUCGACUACCCCAGGAUCCGCGCCCAGCCCUGUUGGGGCUGGGUCUUCAGUGCCAAGCCCCACUGAGGUUUCAAGCACAGAGGCACCGGCCCAAGUGAAACCUGCCGAGACCCCAGCAGCUGAAGUCAAGUCCCAAGCUGAGCAAGGGCAGGAGUCUAAACCAGAGUCAUCGCAGAUUGUCGCGACCCAAGCCGCUGAAGACCAGAAGCAAGAGGCCUCAGAAAAAGAAAAGAAAGAAAGCCACGAAGAAGAGAAAGACCCAGAAGCCACGAAGCCCAAAGAAGAUGAAGGAAAUAACACAAAGCAGGGAACAGAUGAAGAUAAGAAACAAGAGGACCUCACACAAAAGGAGCAAAAGAAAGCAGACGAGCUGAUGAAGAGAAAGAAGGCCGCUCAUGCACGGUACAUGCGGUACUACCGCUCAGUUCGUGAAUCGCCGAAGACACCAGUUGAGAUCAAACGCAUGGGUGAGAAGGCCAAGAACGAUUCUGCGAUGAAUUCUAUUUUAUUCGAAGCCUGGGAGAAGUGCCAGGGCGACUGGAAAACAUCCAGUAUUUAUCUCAACCUCAAGAAUGUCAAGUCAACCAAGAGGACCGGGGUUAGGGUAUGGAUGACACGUGCCGAAGUCAUCGCCAAAUUCGGCGAAGAAGCCACAGAUGCGAUAAUCCUUCGCAAACAAUCCGACGAGAAGCUGAAAGCCACGGAGAUUCGUCGCCACCCAGAGCUACCGGAGUCGGACGAGUUGGUACAGUACUUAAUCCUGGACACUUCGAAGUUUGUCGAAGAGGAGGAGGAGAUUAUGGAGCAGCUGUACCAGGCCGCCGACAUCGACUCGUCCUCCUCAUCAUCCGCCGAUUCUUCCUCUGCCUCGAAGAAGCCCAAGAAGGUCAAGAAGCCUAAGAACAAGAAGCAAAGCAAAGACAAGAAAGACAAGGCUAAGAAGGACAAGAAGGAAGACCCAGUGGUGGAUGAAGUGCUCGAAGAGCUGAAGAAAAAGCAGGAAGAAGACAAGAAGGGUGCGAACGUUCGCGAAGCUGCAGAGAAAGACCUGAAGGAAUCCCUCGAAAGUCUCAAAACCGGCCGUGGAGGUUUGCAAGAAGCAGUGGACAAGAAGGACUAUGACAAGCUGGAUGAGUUGACAUCGGCACUGGACAGUGCAAUCGAGAGCUUUGAAAAGGUGAGGAAGAUGAUGGACCAGGAGAGCAAAGGUAGAUGCUCCCGCAUAACGAAGCAGCUGGCCAAAUUUUGCGGGAAGAAUGCUUCCAGAGAUUUCUACAAGUCGGUGGACAUGUACACGUUAGCAAAAGCCGGCUGGUAUGGGGAUCCUUCUCAAGGUCUCGAAAAGCUUUUCGCGACAGCCUAUGCCGAUUUCAAAGCAUGGCUGAAAGAAACCAAGAUCUACUCUUCCCAGCGAAGGUUCAAGUACGGGCUGGUGAUGAAGAAGCGAGAUGGAGGCUUACGUGCGCCUUCAAUGAACUGCAAGGCUUGGAAUGGCCGGAUCGUGCUGGAGUACUUGGCUUCUGUGCGUGCAAGGGCAGCAGCUUUUCCUACGGAUCCGAAAAUUCCACUGCAAGCGGUUGCCAUGACUGGGCUGGCCAGAUUUUUUGGUAUCUCCGAGCGAUUGCCGCGACUCCUGGAACAAGAGGAAGCAAAUCAACUUUAUCAUGAGGGCAUGCUUUUCAUCAGCACGGCCCUGGAUCUCGCCCAGGUUUCGGUGAGGCAGAUGGAACUCACCUGGAAUGUUACACCAAAAUUGCAUUACUUUGAGCACCAGCUGUUGGAGACAAAGCGAAGUUGCAUGAACAUGCGAUUUCACCAUUGCUUCACGGAUGAAGAUGCCAUGCGGUGGACGAAGCUGUUAGCUCGCAAAGCAAAUCCUCCCACGUUUGAACAAUCGGUGCUCAAGAAAUCGAUUUCCAGGCUUGCGGCCUUGAAAAAUCAUCGCCGUUUGCUGUUUGCAAAGCGAAGUGCGGGGCGACGUGCUCAGCGCGAUGCCAAGAGAAGCUAG